UGUUGCAGGCCCAUCUGGAAACAUAUAGGUUACUAUCUCCCUCCUCCUCUGUUUCUUUUUUUUUUAAAUGACACGUAAAAAAAAAUAAAACAAGAGCAUACAGGCUACUGUAGGGGAGUGCCCCUUUAUAAACAGCCCCCUUUAAUUAUGUGAGGUCAACUUUUUUUUUUUUUUUUUACUUUUACCAAGAAGCAGCCAAAAAAAGAAUAUGAACCCAUACAGAUUCCCUUUUUCUAAAUAAUCCUUCCAGAGAACAGAUCCUCUAAAACUUCAGGAUCAGCAGGCUACCAACGGAAAGACAUCUUUUUAAUUCAUCCACAAAAAAACACCCUUCCCAGGUGUCAGGUGCAUUGAAAUGCCAGAGGACUAGCAAAAGAGCAGGUAGUUGUUUUCUGUCGUGUUUGUGACUAUACAGAUAAAGGGUCAUAAAGAUUUCACUCAUCACUGACUCCUACAAUAGGAACUGAGCUGAAAAAAAUAAGGAAUCAAAGAGAAGCUCACAAGAGUCAAGGACAUGCCUUCACAGGCUUUGGGUUAGAAAUCCCACGAGGAAGGCCACUGGGACAGCGUCAUGGUGACACUAGGAGCUGAGACAAAGAGGACUGAAAACCAUGGCAAUAAUAUGGAGCCUUCUGGCUUGGGCCUUCACCCUUACUGCAGCUAGGACUGUGAAAGUCAGGGUUCCCAAGCAGCCUUCUAAAGCCCAAGUCACUGCAUCGUUGGGAUGACAGCAGCCAGUGAAGUCCUCUCCUCUGACCCAGCAGAUUUCCUCUCCAGUCUGAGCCAUUAUGAGAUCGCAUUCCCGGCACAGGUGGACCAGAAUGGGAACUUCCUGACCUACGACCUCCGUCAAGCCCCACCAAGUUUUCGACGCCCCAGGAGGAGUCUUUCCGAAGAGACAGAGCGCCAACUCUUCUAUCGGCUACAAGCACAGAGUUCUACAUUUCUUCUUAAUCUAACCCUGCAGACAGAGCUUCUGGGCCAGCACUUUACUGUAGAGUAUUGGAAGAGUGGAGGUGUGGACUGGAAGCAUGAACUCUAUGAGGAUUGUCACUAUGUGGGUCACAUUCAAGACCAGCAGCUAAGCUCCAGGGUGGCCAUCAGCAACUGCAAUGGCCUGCUUGGAGUUAUAGUAUCAGGGGAUGAUGAAUAUCUCAUUGAACCACUUCCCGUGGGGAGCAACUUCACCCACAAUGGCGAGGGGACGCCACAUGUGGUAUACAAAAGGUCAUCUUUGCAACGCCAACACUUGGAGGCUGCCUGUGGGGUAAUAGAUGACAAGCCUUGGAAAGAUCGCCAUUGGUGGAUGCGGAACCCAAGGCCCCCGCCUCUUCGGCCAGGAUCCAACCAGACACAGCAAGGACCAUUUCCCCUUAAGCGGUCUGUUAGUGCAGAAAGAUAUGUAGAGACCUUGGUUGUAGCAGAUAAAAUGAUGAUUGGCUACCAUGGGAGGAGAGACAUUGAACAGUAUAUUCUUGCUAUUAUGAACAUUGUUGCCAAACUUUUCCAGGACUCAAGUCUGGGGAACAUUGUGAACAUCAUGGUCACACGUUUAAUUCUCUUGACAGAGGACCAGCCAACACUAGAGCUUAAUCAUCAUGCUGGAAAGUCCCUUGACAGCUUCUGCCGGUGGCAAAAAUCCAUUGUAAGCCGUAAUGGUAAUGCAAUUUCAGAGAGUGGCAUUGCUGAUCAUGACACAGCAGUACUUAUAACCAGAUACGACAUUUGCAUUUACAAAAACAAGCCAUGUGGAACACUAGGUUUGGCACCUGUGGGUGGGAUGUGUGAGCGAGAGAGAAGCUGCAGUAUAAACGAAGACAUUGGCCUAGCUACCGCUUUCACUAUUGCACACGAGGUGGGACACACAUUUGGUAUGAAUCAUGAUGGAAUUGGUAAUGGAUGUGGUUCCCGAGGCCAGGAGACAGCCAAGCUCAUGGCAGCCCAUAUAACUAUGAAGACCAACCCAUUUGUGUGGUCUGCUUGCAGCCGGGAUUACAUAACUAGCUUCUUAGAUUCAGGCCUGGGUGUGUGUUUAAACAAUGCUCCACCACGUCAGGACUUUGUAUAUCCCACCCAAGCUCCAGGACAAGCGUAUGAUGCAGAUGAUCAAUGCCGCUUCCAACAUGGAGUUAAAUCUCGCCAGUGUAAAUAUGGGGAAGUUUGUAGUGAGUUGUGGUGUCUUAGCAAAUCUGGCCGUUGCAUCACUAACAGCAUCCCUGCAGCUGAGGGGACCAUUUGCCAGACAAACACAAUUGAAAAGGGGUGGUGUUAUAAGAGGGAAUGUGUUCCCUUUGGAACACGUCCAGAGGGAGUGGAUGGAGCAUGGGGAUCCUGGUCUUUGUGGGGAGAGUGCAGCAGGACCUGUGGAGGAGGUGUAUCUUCAUCUGUCCGUCACUGUGACAGCCCAAGGCCUACUAUUGGAGGAAAGUAUUGUCUGGGCGAGAGAAAGAGAUAUCGAUCAUGCAAUAUUGAUGACUGCCCCUCUGGCUCGCAGGAUUUCCGGGAAAUGCAGUGUGCAGAGUUUGAUAAUGUGCCUUUUCGGGGAAAAUAUUACUCAUGGAAGAGCUACAGAGGAGGUGGUGUAAAGUCUUGCUCACUUAACUGCCUGGCCGAGGGAUUCAACUUCUAUACUGAGCGGGCAGCUGCCGUGAUUGAUGGGACCCUCUGUAGACAGGACUCCUAUGAUAUCUGUGUCAAUGGGGAGUGCAAGCAUGUAGGCUGUGAUCGGAUCUUGGGUUCUGAUACCAAAGAAGACAAAUGUCGUGUUUGUGGAGGAGAUGGCAGCACUUGCGAGACUAUUGAGGGUAUCUUUAACCAGUCCCUGUCAGAGGGAGGAUAUGAGGAAGUCAUUUGGAUCCCUAAAGGCUCAGUACAUAUUGAUAUUCGCCAGCUUAACAUAUCACUCAGUUACCUAGCCUUGAAAGCAAAGGAAGGCAGUGAAUAUUAUAUCAACGGAAGGUUUCCUCCAGAUACCCCUCGAAGAUUUGAUGUAGCUGGCACCAUCUUUCAUUACAGGAGGCCUCAGGAAGAGCCAGAGUCAUUGGAGGCUUUAGGGCCUACUAAUACCACAUUGAUUGUUAUGGUGGCAGUAAGAGAGGAACUGCUGCCUGGAAUCCGGUACAAGUUUAAUGCCCCAAUCAAUCGAGUCACACAGAACAGUUACGCAUGGUUUCUCAGCUCAUGGGCCAAGUGCUCAGCCAUUUGUGCUGGAGGUGUGCAACUUCAGCGGGUGCUCUGUAAAAAGGUUUCUGACGGAUCCACUGUCUCUGAGGACUUGUGUGAUCAAAGCACCAGGAUUCAGGAGAAGCAGCGUUCAUGCAACACUGAACCCUGUCCCCCUGAGUGGGCAUUAGGUUCUUGGUCUGAGUGCAGUCGUAGCUGCAAUUCUGGAGUACGCACUCGCAGUGUAAUAUGUCAGCGUCGGGUUUCGGCAAGUGACAAGAAGUCUCUGGAUGAUGCCUCCUGCCCUCAACCUCGCCCAUCCAUGCUUGAACCCUGCAACACAGACACAUGUCCACCUGAAUGGGUGCCUUUGGACUGGUCUGAGUGCACCCCAAGCUGUGGGCCUGGGUACAGACACCGAGUUGUUCUGUGUAGGAUUGGUGACCAAGAUACCACCUUACCCCAUUCCCACUGCCAAGCUAUGGAUAAACCUGCAACAAGUAUGCGCUGCACCUUACAGAGAUGCCCACCAUCCCGCUGGAUCACAGGUGAAUGGGGAGAGUGUUCAGCUAAUUGUGGCCUUGGGCAACAGAGACGAUCUGUGCAAUGCCUGAGUCACAUAAGACAGCCUUCGAUAGAAUGCACAGAGUCUCUCCGUCCAUCUGCAAUGCAGCAGUGUGAAAACAAAUGCCUGGCCGACCCCUCUGACAGUCCAGAUGAAUGUAAGGAUGUGAACAAGGUGGCGUACUGCCCUCUGGUGCUGAAGUUUAAAUUCUGCAGCCGACCUUACUUCAGACAGAUGUGUUGCAGAACCUGCCAAGGCCAUUGAUCUUCUCUCACAACAGCCAUCUCUCUGGAUAUAUUUUCUCUAUCUUGAAGUUGGCAUAUAAUGUCAGCUCUCUGUUUUAUACCAUGUUUUCUUUCACAUCUACAGACUCUAGUCUUCAUCUCAUCACACAUGCCAAGGCUUCCUUAUUCGGUAUCUAUUCAAUGUGUCAUCUGCUUAAAACCUAUAAGUGGGUGCAGCCUGGUGGUCUGUAGAUAUGUUUGGCACACGAAGCGAAAGCACUGAGAUGUCAGUACUAAUUGAACAAAUCCAGUCUUGCCAUUUUGCAAACAUUAUAGCUGCAGGCUGUAAUGUUUCUGUGCCAAUGCAAAUUAACGUACUGUAUGUACUGACAUUUUGUACUUCAGAAAGGGAAACUAAAAAGCAGUAUUUCAUACCUACAUGAAAAUCUGACAAAAGAUUUCAGUAUCUUCUUAUUUAACUUUUUUUUUUUACCCACUGUAUUUUAUUUACUCAGUUUCACUGCUUCAGUUUGUAAAUCCCUCAUCAGCUUAGUAUGGCCAUAUGCACUCAAGAACCAGUGAAUCAGCAGGGGAUGUGAAACUAGUGUAGUAAAGAGGAUGCAAGUGUGGAGUGCUUUCAGGGAAACAUUAUAAAACACUUCUCAAUAUGAAAAACGUUUCAUACAUUCAACUUUUGUUUACUCCUCAUUUUCCUACACUACAAUUCUCCCAAAGUCUUUCAUUCCGAAUUUUCCAAUUUCCUCAACCCCAAAAUCUUUGAGUCAUUCUAAAUUCUAAUAAGAUCUGUAAGAGUUUUUCCUUUUUAUUGCUUAGGUGCUAUUUAAGCCAUAUACAGAUGCAUUGAGGGUUCUUUUAAGCCAUUUCCCCUUGUGGCCUGUGGAUAUUCAAAGCACUGCUGGAAGACAAGGGGGUGAUUCCCUAGUUACUAAUAUCUUUAUUAAAGAAAGAAAUAUAUUUUAUAAUCUGUAUAAAUGAAUUGCCCUUCCAAUACUUUUUCCAUUAUUUACAAACAGAGCAGCUUUAAAUUGGGUAUGAGUUGAUCAAAAUAUACAUAUGGGAUCUGUUAUCUGGAGAAAACUGUUAACCAGAAUGUUCUAAAAACUGGCAAUAUCUUUAUAUUACUUAAAUAAUCAGUUCUUUAUUUUAGCCCAUUUUACUGCAAUUACUAUAUAAACCAGUGCCUUCCAGAUAGCAGGUCCCAUACCUGUAAGGCUUUGGGCAAUGUUAUCUAUAGGUAAUAUGUAAUCUAAUUUUUUUCUGCCUUUAAUUGCUGUUAAACUAAAAGAAUUUCAACAACAGUAUUCAGGUAGAACUUAUGUCCAUGUGGCAACUCUGUGUCUGUACAUCAUUUAAGUGUAGGGAUAAGCAACGUUCCACACUCCUUUUGCUGGGAGGACUCUAAUAAACAGUCUCCAAGUUUAAUUUUGUUGCUGAUGGAAGUUGAGAAGUUGAAUAAAAAUGGCUGAAUAUUAGAUGUCCCCAAGCUGUUCAUAUCUCUCCUACAGUUCUGCCCUCUGAAUAGCAAGAGCAAAAUCAAGCUGAACUUGCACACAGUACGAGAACCCACAAGUGCCAAUCCUAUUGCUUUCAGUAUUUGAUUCCCAGAUGUGAGUAUGCAGUUAAGCAUAGUAAAACACAACAUUUCCAGCAAGUUUCCAUUGUCAUUGAGAGCAGGCACUAAUAACUAAUUUUUGUCAGAAAGAUCACUUAAUUAAAUUUAGUUUCAAGGGCCAAACACUCAAAACCAUGGGAAUUUCCAGGGACAGAGUAUGAAGCCUUGUGUAUGUGAAUGUCACUGAUAUAAGAGACUUGCUUCUAUUAUAUUGUAAAUCAUAGGUGCAACAAAAUUUGCAUGGUUUGUCUGCAACUGGAGACUUCUUUACACUCGAGCACUCAGGGCGAGAAUAAUGUGUGUGUGCAAAGAAGCAGAGUGGGGAACAUUUUGCUAAAAGGAUAAAGCAUGUGCAGUCCCAGUAGAAUGAUGUAACAUGGCACUGAAAGAUUUGCAUGCAUGUGGAAUAUUUAACAUUUUUGUAGGCAUAAAUUGUAUUUUACCUGCAGUUCAUUAAGCAUAUAUGUAUUUAUCUUAGUAUGUUCUUCUUAAAUUGAAGGGAGAUGAGUAUGGCUUACAGUAGCCAUAAAGGAGCAGGCUGAAUAAUACAAAAUGCUAGAAUACUGCUCUCCAACGUCUUCCAUGAUAUGCACAUAUUUGAGGGCCAAAAUAGGUUAAAACCGUAAAAUAGGCAGACUGAGGGCCUUGGAGGAUUGUAUCUGGAUCUACAAUCCAGUUCGACAGCCUGCUCUAGAAAGGAAAAACCAAUGCUUGUUUUGAUUUAAUUUACUUUUUACUGAAAAUGUUUACGAUUAUGGUGCUAUUAUGUUUAUGCAAUUUUUACUUUCAUUAUCUGGAGCUAGGGGAGCAAAGACGUUCAGUUUAUCAACACUAGUCAUUGCAGCAGCGCCAGCAGAUCACAAUUAAACAAAUAGAAUAUGGAAUUUCAGGGCAGUGCAAUGGCCUCAGCAGAAAACACAUGCCAAGAUGUAUGCCCCUGAUCUGUAAAUAGAUUAUAAACUUACCAACUUUGUAAAUUAUAAAGAUAUUAGAACAAUAUGUUAAUACAGUUCAAUGACAAGGUCAUACAUGAAGUACAGAUUACAGUGCUCCAAUUUGACUUCUAAUAAGCUUGUGGGGUACACAAUCAAUUUUACACUUUACACUAUACAACAGUCAUUGCCAAAAUGUGGAACAGGCAUCCCUGGCUAACUGAGAAGUUGUUGGAGAUCUAGCUAGGAUAAGUUUGGCUAGAUUUCCUAUAUGCUUUCUGAGAUACUCCUUUAUUCCCCUCAUAAAAGUCAUCUAGAGUAUUGGUUAUUUGCUGUCCUAGCUAUUAGCAGAACUUUGGCUAAAGAUACCCACCCCUUCUACUCUUAUAUAGCACAAGAAUGUAUUCAAUACAGUUCAAUAGCACUACCAGUUAAGUCUAGCUAAUUCACUUUAUGUUUCACAUAUAACAGGGAGGGACACUAGAGGGACCACCGGGAAUAAACCACAGGGAUGGUCUGCAAAGGCACACUUUUCCUUUACCACAUCCUUAUAUGCUCCCUGUACCCUCUGUACAUAUAGAUACCAUCUCAUCCAAAAACUCUUACAUUAGCAUUACAAUACAUACAUGUUCUUCACUUGUUGAAUGCACUGUUAGAAUGCCUGCCUACAGUAAACAUCAUCGUAAUAUUCCUAACAGUUAUCCUCAACCUAGGCAUAAUGAUAUUCUGUACUUGUUAUUUAUACUUGGUACACAGUCCAAUCAUGCUUCAAGACUGCAGCUACUAGAAAAGUCACCACCUAUUCAUUCCACAGCAACGGAUGAAAUAAAAAUUGAUAUAAAGCGCUACCAAUGUCCAACUCCUCUUCCUUGUAAGGCUUUAUAACUUGCAGUGGAAGUUAGGCACCUCCUAGAAGACCUUUUCUCAAAUUUUACAGAUAUCUGUGCUCUAAGGGAAAGGGAUAUGGGCCAAACCACUGGGGGACAUUCUUCAGUAUUUUCAAGCUUCUACAAAAAAUAUACAAAAGCUCAGACUCAUAUAUUAGAGAUUGUGUACCUUUCAUUACAUUUAUUGCAACUCACUGCUGACUUCAUGCCUGUUAUGAUCAUGAAACACCUUGAUAACUUCCAAUGUCCAUAUAAUUUACAACAGAGAGACACUUAUAUUAAAUAUAUUACGAUUUCCCAUGUUUCAAUUUAAUCAUGCAGAGGAGAUAUAGCACAGUUAUUUAUAGGACAAUAUUAUUAGAGCCUUUUUUUACUUUUGUGAAAGCAUGUUUUUUUUAUUCUUGAAAUGUAUAUUUUCCAUGAAUCGUAGAAUCUACUGGGCACGCACAAAAAAAAAAAACCAAUGUGCCAGCAUGUAAAUUCAGCAUUUUGUGGGUUUCACAACUUGUUGUCUGGUAACAGAAAGAUCAAAAGACACAUGGAAAGGGUUAUUGUCAGAAAAUCUGAGAUCGCAACUCAAUUUAAGAUCUGCAACCUGUGGUUCUGCUGCUGCUCUACCAAAAGCCAGCAAUAAAAAAACAUUAUUGUUUUAUUGUAUCUUCGUGUUUAUACUGUAUUUGUUUGUUGUCGGCCCAAAUUUGGUAAAAGAAUAUUUCUUACACAAGAAUGAGAAUCCUCAAACGUAUAAGGCAUUUUGUUAUUAAAGAACCCCUUUAAAGGUU